CGUCAGCUCGGCAUUUGGUUCGCGAUAAGCGGUGGCAGUAACACACACCACCGUCCUUGCUUCAUAGGCCGGACACUCGGGGCAGCGGAGCUUCGUUUCGCGGCCUCGUUUGCGGGGACUGGUUUUUCAAGUGGCGCCGUCAUUUGGAACAUCGAGUGUUUCUCCUUCAAGCCGUUAUCCAGACCGAGCCUGAACCAUGUGUCCCGUGGUUCUGCUGGCACUGUUGUGCAGCCUUCUGCUGCUCUUGCUCGAGGUUGUGGCCGCGCUGUCCGUGGCCUUCAACCCCAUGCGCGUGGAGAAGUUGAAGCAGGGCAACCUGGCUCGCGUCUCGUUUUCCGCACCUGCUUUGGAGCCACGAUUCUUCAGCGUCGCGUCGGACAACCCGUAUGUGGCAUCGGUGACCGAUCUAAAUGUCACCGAAACGGGCGCUUUUGUCAACGGGACGUUUACCGUGAAGGGGAACUUUCUGGGUCACGCCAAGGUACGCGUUGUGGCCAAUGGCACCGAGUCGAACGAGUUUCUACCUGUCAGCGUAGUGCGGAAGCAGAGCAGACUUUCCUUAAUUUUUACAGUGUCCGUAGCCGUGCUAGUUUCACUAAACUACAUCAACAUGGGUUGUGCUUUGGACAUGGAAGUUGUGAAAGACGUCCUGCGGAGGCCUAUUGGACCGGUUGUAGGCUUCUUCAGUCAGUAUCUGGCCAUGCCUUUGGUGGCAUUUGGAAUGGCACAGUGGCUUUUUGAAGAAGCUUACCUGCAGCUUGGGCUUUUUACAUUUGGCUGUUCGCCUGGAGGAGGAGCUAGCAACAUGUGGACUGUUCUUCUUGGUGGAAACCUAAACUUGAGCAUUGCUAUGACCUUCAUCAGUACCAUAGCUUCUCUAGGCACGAUGCCCCUCUGGCUGUUCACACUUGGACGCAGCCUGUUCCAAGAGGCAUCGCUGCGCAUUCCCUUCCGCAACAUCUUCACCACAUUGGUGUCAAUGACGCUGCCACUCGGUGUUGGCCUGGCCCUGCAGCGUUGGCGGCCCAAGGUUGCUGACGUGUGCAAGCGCUUGCUGGCCCCGGUGUCCGUCGCCAUGAUAGUGUAUAUAGUUGUGUUUGGCACGUAUGCCAACUUGUACAUGUUCCGGCUUAUGAGCUGGCGAGUACUGUUGGCUGCGGCAGCUAACGUCUGGGUAGGCUUUGCAGUGGGUGCCCUGGCCACUCGACUGGCAGGUCUCCCAUGGGCAGAUGUGCUUGCAGUGUCCAUAGAGACUGGUGUCCAGAACACAGGCAUUUCCAUUGUGUUGCUGGGCUUCUCUCUGCCUCAGCCAGAGGCAGAUAUUGCAUCAGUGGUGCCUGUGGCGGCCUCUAUUGUGACUCCCAUCCCACUCCUGCUGCUGUUGAUGGGGCAGAAGGUGUACAUCCGCUGCUGUCGCCGGGCCGAUGCAGUGGCUGAUGCUAAGGGUGUGGCAGCCUUCGCUGAGGUAGGCGCCGCGGGUGAUGUGGAGGAGAAGCGGGCAUUGACUGCCUGCAACGGAGCAGUGGCCAACGGCACGCUCGGUGGCGGGAAGGCUGCUGAGGCCAGCUACGGUGACGAUCCUGAGCGGCUGUGAUGUGUUGUUGGUGUGACUUGGUGUCCCCAAUCCUGUGCACUUGUGGCCUUGUUUUAGGGGUUGCUUGUCUUUCCUUCCUUUCCCUAUGAGCACAUGCUUUGAACUCUUUGGAAGAGAUUCACUUGCUUACUACUGACCCUGUUGGGCUGCACAUUAUUCCAACCAAUGCAGUGUGUCUCUAAAGCAAGCUGAAAAUAUAAGUCUUUAAUAGUUUCCUUUUUUUGUGUGCGUCAUUUUUAUCAGUAAAUUCCAUCCAGAGGCGAUUAGUAUUUGCUCAUUUUAUUUUAUUGCUUUCACGAGAGUGAGCAAAUACUUGUGCAUUUAAUCUUUAUUCACAUUUACUGUGACCCACUUAUCAUUAAGCUUCUCUAACAUGCUUGCUAUGCCAAAUAUACAUGCUUACUUCAUAUCGUGUUAAGUUAGGAUUGUAAGAUCUGUUUAUUUUUUACUUUCUUAAGUGCAGCAGUAUGAGUAAAAGGUGAGACGUAAAUAUUUUGUAAAUUUUUUGUAAACAUUUGAUAUUGUUUCUUAUGUGCCCAUAGCCCAUUUGCAUACAGGAGGAUUGUGUGUUGGUUACCUUGUAAGCAGCCUAAUCUGACCUCUGUUUUUACUUCUCCUUGAGUAAAGUGGGCUCGGGGCACAAGUACGUACAGCUCCUGACAUGUUCAGGAAAAGCAUUUUUUCAGGUGUGCGUUAUUUUUUUGUUUAAUGCAGGAAGUAUGCGUUAUAAAAGACCUACUAAGCAUAUCUUGUUGUGCGUGCCAAAUAUUCGUUAUAUCAGAAAGUGGAAUUGUCUCAUAGCUAGCAGAAUCGUAUGUUGCAGAAAUCUCUGUUUGUCUUUUAAGGCCCCUAUUCCUUUUGACAAAGGUGUUAGCCGGAACAGCUUUAUCUGUUCACCGUACUACAAGUGGUUGUAGUGCAUAUUUGUUUUGCAAAUCUAAAGGAUAGUUAGUUUUGCUAUAUUACUUUUAUAAGAGAGCUGAUAGCUUUGCAGAAUCUCGUUACCAAUUGGAACUGAUUUAAAUCCUUAUAUCUACAAUUACAGAAUCUUUGUGAAAUCUCUCAGUACAGUGUGAUAACCUAUUUUGUUCAUAUUUGGCUUCUGAGGCAAGCUAACUUUGUUAUGCAUAGUACACCAGGUUUUGGCACCAAAUUAAAGUAUGUGCUAAUUAUUAUUAUUUUUUAAUUUGUGGUACUUAGUAGUAAUGAACAAUUUUUCCCAAUAUGACGGGCCUUUACAGGUAUGCUUGAUAACUUGAAAGGGUGGUGGAGUGGGAGAUAACUUUGCAUCAUGGCUGCUUUUGCUUGCUGGCUUUUCUUGCAAUGUUUGACCUAACACUGGCUAACAACUGUUGCUUGCCAUGCUCCGUUGCUUGUUUUGUCUUGUUUUUUUUACAUUUUCAAUGUUUGUACUCUCAAUACCGUUGGCAAGAGUACUAUAAGUCCAUAAAGUUUUAUCUGCCAGAUUACUUAAUAAGGACAUGAAUGGACCUUUCUGAAAUAAUAUUGAUUACAUUGGAAGGAACUGAUUGUUUAUAUAUUGACACACGUGCAGUCGCGAAUUGAUUUUUCGGACAUUUCCAGGCUGCCACCAUCUUGAAUGCAAUAUAUUGAGGUGGUUGUAUCAAAUAUUAUAUGGCGUCUCGCGUAUGUUUCACUUUUGUGGACAUGGUCUGCAUCGCAAUGUUGCAGAAAAUAAGGGUCACAAACUGUUGGUGCCAGCCAGGUGCCUGCCUGGAACCAUGCUUUCCUUGGUGGCUUUCUACCAUUGCAAAUACUUCUAUGCAGGUUGGGCACCAAAUCGUAACUUCAGUUGUUUGUGUGUGACGAAGCAACACUUGUUAACUCUAGUCUUGGCUGUGUUGCUUCGCCCAAAAUAUGCUACUAGUCAAAACUUUCUGCCUAAUGCUCAUAUAAGAGGCCCAUUGUUGAUGAGGCCAGUUGCUAAUAAAUUUUUAUAUUGUAUUGGUCCUGCACUGCACACAAUGCAUGUCUGGUUCUAUGAUAAGGGAACAAAAAAGACGACUGUUCUGCGACAAGACACCUCGACAACAUUGACCAUAAAAUUGAAAAGCACAUGUAUCUUUAUUAGAGUGCAACACCGAAGUAGUCUCUAAAGACAAUUUUUAUGCUGCAUUCAUUGUUGAAAAUAACAGAACAUUUUUCCUCAGUUGCUCUUUUUUUUCCGGAUUGCCUGAUUGUUCUAACGUUUUUACAGCCUCCGUUGGGGCAGCUCUGAAAGUGAAUGACGGGGGCCUGCUGACCCCCCAUUAUUCUUUCUGCUCCCUCCUACCAUCAUAGCCAAGUAUUGAAUGCCCUGCUGCACCUCCAGCAGAAAAUCCUGGUGCCGCAUCUGCCACCUCUGUGUCCGAAAAAUCAUUCAGUGACUGUUAAUAAAUAAUAAAAUUCAGUCUACCAUCAUGCAGGCUUUGUAGGAAUUGCCCAUUCAUAUGUGAUUGAAGGUUGUUUGAAUAUGAAAACGACAGUUUUCUUUAAUAUGUACCUCAUUCUACAGGGAAACACUCAUUGAUGAUCAGCAGCAGCAAGUGCAAAAAAAAUUAGAUAGAAAAUGUUUGACUGCAACAGUUGCUAAUCGCUAUUCGAGUUUACUGUAUUGUCUCCAGUAAAAUCCACUCUGGUUGAUGUUCCAUGUGUUCAAGUCAUGAGUGCCUUAAGCUUUUGCUCCUCAAAUGUAUGACAGAACAUGUACCGCAAAAAUGUUGCCUCAGUUAGGCAUGUUUCAAUCAUUGGUCCUGGAACAGGAGAGGAGCACUACAAAAUUUUUUUUUUCUUCCAACCUAUCUUUCUUUUUUUUUUAUCUUCAGGUGCGGUACGACAAGUUGGAUAGUCCGCUACUGUCUGACUGAUUUCAUGGAGCAGGAAACCAGAUGCGUGCCAAUUGCUGUCUGUCUUAUUUUACUGCUGCUUAGCGUGUUGCCUUCUUGCUCUGUUGACUUUUUCUUUUCCUUUUGUUUUGUCCUUGUCUUUAGUAAAUUGUUUGUCUCAUUGAGUUGGUGAUUGUUUUGUUGUUUGUUUCAUGUUCAUUUGAUUCUAUUGUUUUAUUGAAUUACUAACUUGGCAGCCUAUAAUGGCUGAUCACUAUGGUAGGAAAAUAUUGGUAUUUGCAUUUUUAGACUGUUUUCCAGUAGCACAGCUUAGCCUCCGUAGGGCCCUAGCUUUCUUGAGCUGUUUCAGGCUUGGUGCUUCACUAACAAAUGGCUUUGUAACACCAUGCUUCUGCAUUGUACCAUCAAGGAUAAGUGUGCAAAUCUCUUUCACCUGAUGGCUGGGUGGGUGACCAGAAUGCUGGCCUUCUCUUAACACUUCUCUCACAAUGAUUUUGUUUCUCGUGGAAAACAAGAUAUCUUCUUCUUUUAGUGUUUAAUUCAGACAGAUUGCAAAUGCUACAUGGAAUGAUGAUGUGCAUGCUAAGCAUGUGGAAAAACACAACUGAAUAACUGCAUUACUAACCAGUUUGUAUUUUUUUCUUUUUUUGUUGGUCCGUUUUCUCUGUGUGUGGUCCUGUCUAACUUUCCUAGGGACCAUCUCGUGACUUGGCCUCACUGCAUGUCCUAGCAGUUGAGAUUGCAGCUGGCCCUUGAGAAGUGGUCGGCACUUUUACAACAGCCACUGCAUGGAAGAGGAAUGAGCUUGCCGCUGCUGGGAUGGGAGCCAGUCAACUGGCGCAGUUUACCUUCUCGUAUAAAGCAUAUUGUAAGAUCUGUUAGCUUCUUACCUACUGGAUUAUUUGAUAAGCAUGCUUGUAAAAGGGGUUUUACUGAUCUGUUUUUGUUGUGGUUAUUGGAAGCAAUUGUACUGGUACGCUUUACAAUGUGCCUUGCUUUGAACAAAUUGUGCACUUUAAGUGUUUAGAUUAAUCUGAGCUUUCCAUGAUGUUUCCAGGUCAUGCUAUGAACACUUUUCAGUGGCUUGCUUAAAAGUGUUCAAAGCACUGCUCGUCCAUUAGUCGGAAUACUGGUGAUAAGUGAAUAUCAAGAGUCAUCAUACAGAUAUUUCUAUAAACACUGUUCCUGUAGCUUCUAUUUGUAGUCGCACACUUCAGAAGUGACGUCUAGUAAAGCCGGUAGUUUGAAAAAUGUCACCUCUCUGUUCAUUGCUGUUAUUGUGAGAAAAGAAAAGCAUUUCAAAGGUGUUCUCAUUCCUGCAAUCAUUUCAUGAGCCUUGCAUUCUGGAGCAGAAAGUGUUUUCAUUGUUUGGAUGCGGCAUAAUUUCCUUUGGUAAGCUAAGCUACAAGGAGUACUUGGUACUUAAACAUUUGGCUGGUGAUCUUUUUGAAGUAGUCUAUCUGUACUGAUAACUCGUUAACAAGCACAGAAAAUAUUUUUGAUCCUUCUGGGUGAUCAAAAGUGUGUUUGUUAUGUCUGUGUGACUGUAGCCCAAUGUUCAAACAAAUUAUAUAGAUGCAUACUUUCUUGUUAUGAAAACAAAUAAAAAAGCAUAAGCAAA